UAUUAUGCGGAUGACGUGUAACUCAAGAUGGCGGCUACGUUCCAGCGUUCGGCAGUGACCGAAGGUCACGAAUGAAGCAGGAAUGAGGUGAUCUUUAACAGGACAAGAUGAAGCGUUCAAGGAUGAAAGAUGCAAAGGACUUAACAGAGAAACAAUCAGAAGCAAACAAGGACAUGGCAAAGUGUUCCAUGGGGGAUGAUUUGAAUGCUAGUAUUUCAUUCCAUGAUCACCAUGCAAGUGCCGAAGAAAAAUUGAUCAAGUCACAGAAGGAUUCAAAAGGGGAAGAAGGAAAAUUGACCCGAAAUGUAACACUCCUGCAAGGCGUGUCACUUAUUGUUGGUGUAAUGAUAGGUUCAGGCAUAUUUGUUACUCCACGUUUUGUCCUUCUGCAUUCUGGUUCGGUGGGAAUGACUCUUUUGGUUUGGAUUAUAUCUGGAGUGAUGGCAACUUUGGGAGCUCUCUGCUAUUGUGAAUUAGGAACAAUGAUUCAACGUUCUGGUGGUGAGCUAACAUACAUCCAGGAAGCUCUGGGGCCUCUUCCUGGCUUUCUUGUGAGCUGGACAAUGGUACUUAUUUUGAAACCAGCCUCUGUUGCCAUUAUCACAUUGAGUUUUGCUUCUUACGCUGUCCAGCCAUUUCUUGGGAACAACAACACCGAACCUGAAGACCUCAUCAAACUUGUAGCUGCAAUCUCCAUCAUAAUAAUCACGACUGUGAACUGUGUGAGUUCCCGUUGGGCAGGUCAGAUGCAAAUAGUUUUCAUGAUAAUGAAACUCCUUGCAAUUGGGAUAAUAGUGGUGAUAGGAGCUUCAAGAAUUGCUAGUGGACACAAUGGAAACUUUGAGUCUCCCUUUAAAGGAACUAAUACAAACAUUGGAGAAAUUGCACAUGCAUUCUUUAGUGGAUUGUGGGCUUAUGAUGGCUGGAACCAACUCAAUUAUGUGACGGAGGAAUUACAGAAUCCUCACAAGAAUCUCCCUCGUGCAGUAAUGAUUGCUCUUCCUCUUGUCACUAUUUGCUAUACACUGAUCAAUAUAGCUUAUCUAAGUAUUCUGACACCAGCAGAAAUGUUGUCAUCCACAGCAGUAGCUGUAUCUGUUGCAGAGAAAGUUACACCCACCCUUGUAGUUGUUAUGCCACUGUUUGUAGCAUGUUCCUGUUAUGGUGCUGCUAAUGGCUCCAUUUUUACUAAUGGAAGAGUUGUUUGCUCAGCAGCCAAACAGGGACACAUGCCUCGAUAUCUAGCUGUUAUCAGCAAGCGUUUCCACACUCCAUUACGUGCUAUAAUGUUCCCAUCAUUUAUUUCCAUUUGCAUGUUAAUACUUGGUGAUCUGGAUUCCUUGCUGAGCUGUUUCAGCUUUGUUGCAUGGAUUUUCCUGGGUUGCACAUUCCUGUCACUUCUGGUUCUGCGCUGGAAGAGGCCACAUGAGUAUCGUCCCUACAAAGUGUGGAUUGGCAUUCCUAUUGUCAUGGUGAUGAUUUCGUGCUACCUUAUUAUUGCCCCUUUGUUUGCCAAACCUCAGUCAUCAUUGUUUGCUCUGGCAUUUGUUCUAUCUGGUGUACCAGUUUACUUUAUUUUUGUCAACCGCAAUAAUUAGCAUUGCUGAGGGAAAAGUGCAUCUGUAAGCUCAGUCAAGUAGCAAAGUAUCAAAAAUAUCAAAAAUAUCCAAAUGCUAGAGAGUUGUACAUUCAUUUGUUAGGCUCAAAGUUACAGUAGGUUGAGUGAAGUAAGGAACAGAAAAAUGUAAUUUUUUGGUCUUUGUGCGAUACAAAUCAAUGGUAACGCGAUUAACUGAUGACUAGUCAUAACGUAUGUUAAUCACUCACGAUUUGUAGCCGAAGUUUAGAUUAACGUAAUCAGAAUCUCCCUACAACUCAUGGCACGUCCUUCUUGGUAGUUAGAUUUGGAAGGAAAGAAAACUGCAUGUGUUUUCAAUUGUGAUCUGAAUCGGCGAAUCGGGUCAUAUCGAUGACGUGAAUUGUUGUAAUCGUUACUUGUCAGUAAAAUAAUCGCAGACAUGAAAGUGUGGUGGCCCAGACUUCUAACGAAAUUCGUUUCGAUAGAUAUUUUCUCUUAUUUCUUUUCAACCAAGGGGAAUGAUGCGCAAUUCGUGCUAGACUUGUUUGUGUCCCUUUAUCAGUUAAGGCUCGUGCAAAGUUUCUUCCCUAACAUAAGCCCGGUCCAUCGGGGAACAUGUUUGGUGACGCUCACGCAUAAAAGUUGAACAUAUUCCUUAGGAUAAUUUACUUUUGGAAUCGAUUCCAGUGCAUUUACUUGGGAUCUGUGACGAAAUACUGUUAGAAGUAUGCUGGCAUAAAUUACCAAUUGAACUUGUCACAAUGAGCGCGCCACUAAUGAUUACAUAACGAUACGCGCAUUCGGGAUGUAGUCGGUUAUUUCUUCGGGUUUUGAACAUGUAAUUGCUCGGACAUAGUUUGAAGCUACACUGGUUUGCAGAUUUAAUGAAUGUAACCGAAGAAGUUACAAUUCAUAGACCCAACGUUUCGACACUCCUGUCUAGUACCUUCAUCAGGGGUGAUCUAAACGCUGCAACAAGAGGUCCUUUUAAAUGAUCACUAAUUAGCGGCCUUUUUUUCUGACGAGGUGUAAAUAGGCGUCAGGAAGCAGACCGCCAUCGUCACGAUUUAAAGGAGCGUGGGCGGAGUUAAUGUGCCAAGCCUCCAAACAAAGGCGCUGGUGGUAACGCCGAUUAGCGGUGAUAAUUUUAGAAUUAUCUCACCCAAUUGUAUGGUUGGUUAGGCAAGUAGGCUCCGAUAAAGCUGAAUGAUAAUAAUGAAUGUAAUUGCUCGGUUUAUGUUGAAGUAAUA